GAUUUCUUAAUAAGUGCAUGAUGCUAUAUACUAAAGUGCACAAGAACACAAAAUUUAAGCAAAUUCGUUCUCUAUUUAUGAAAUUCGCUGAGCGAUCUGUCAAAUCAUUGGUCCCCCAGCGAUAGCUACCUGUAGUGGAAAGAAGGUGUCCAAAGCUGUUUAGCUGAAUGACAUGACGAAUAAUGGAAACGUGCAUGUGUUCCUCUCUACCAAUGUGAAGAAAUUGUAACGUCCCUAUUUAUGCACCAUUUCAAGUAAAGCUGUUGGCUAUGGGGGAGAUAGUAAUAUAAAUCAUGUCGUUAGAAAUUUUACAUCAUAACUUUACAUCAUUCCCUCUCCUACUGCUGUUGUGUCGAAGGAAGCCACAGCACCCGAGCUGUUAACAAGCAGCAUACAGAAGUCGGGAAGAGUAACUGAUCCACAUGUCUCAUAUGGCCCCCUUCGGUCAGUAUUAACCAUGGUAAAAUCCUAAUCGAUCCACAUGUAUGGUGAUGGCAUACUAGUUAGGAUGGUUGAACAUGUGUGAUCUUACCAUAAUCAAUAAACAUCAACGUGUGGAACAGCUCGGACAACAACAAAAAACAGGAGCAAGUAAAAAAAACAAUGUUAAUUGAGUCUUUUCACCUACAUAAUCGAUUAAUACUGUUAGUCAUAAGUUUAUCAAAAAAUAUACAUUCUUCUGUUCUUUUGUUUAGUUAUCAAUUGGGCCUUCGUUAAGCUUAGUAAAUCCAUGUAUGCACUAACGCGCAUGCAGUUCGUUCACCUCCUGCCUUAAUCAUUUACAACUCCCCAAGAUCAUGUAUUUAGACGGCGGAUACUUCGGUGAGCGUCCAUUGGGUCAUGUUUUUUUAGAGGUAAACGCCUCCAUUUUCGAUCGCUGGUGUGCGUAGCCCUCAGGAACUCCCCUCUGGUUCAACAAUGAUCCGCCCCUGCUGCACCUCUCACAGUGCGCUGGAUUGUUGGGAGCCGCACACAGAAAAGCCUGUCCUUGUUUUCAUUAUUCACGUCCUUCAAGAUUCAAUCGCCAGCGCGGGUCCUGUGAUUGGAUUUUGUGACUGGUGGUGUUUUAACAAACGCUUUGAUUUGUUCCUCUGGGUAACGUUGCUCAGGGCAACGGUUCCGUGUUUCUGAGGUAAACAAUAUAAAAUGGGAAAGUAGCCUGGAAUCAAAUUAGGGAUUUUCUCACACAUGAAACCGGGCCUGGAUGUUUCAGUCGGAGGUGCAUUCUGUCUGAACCUGAUCCGCCAUGAAGCGAGGCGGUUUGCAGAGGAGAGCUGCAAAUAGCAGAGUACUGUAACGGUUGAUUAGAGAGGCCUGGUUGAACUGUCAUUGUCGACAAGGGGCAUUCCGUUGUUGUGUUCGCGGUCCGUGGUGGGGCCCGUGCUCCGCUUUCGUGUACUCAACAGGUACUCACAGUAUUACCGUCGGGGCAAUUCGCAGCAACUAACAAUUAGUCGCGCUCAGGAGUGGAGUAAAACGUGAUGAAGACAAUGCUGUAAACGCGUGAUAUCGCCGGACGCCUUGCAUGGGUAAACUGUGUGGUGAGUGCAGUCCGGACCAGGUCCAAUCACGAUGCAUGUCUCAACCCAGCCUACAAUCGAUCACGGAGCAAUAUUUCGUGCUGCAGACCGCUGACAGGUAGUCGAAGCGUCUUCUUUGACAGAGACCAUCUGUGUACGCCCGUCAAGACAGACAGACCGCUUGUAGUACAGCAGUGCUGGUAGUUAUCCCUGCCGCGCGCACUGUGUUGGCCAUGGCAGCCGGGGAGGACGGCGCGCUCAGUCGGGAGGCCGUGUUGGACUACCUGGACUCGCACCCGGAAUUUGCUGGGGAGUAUGUUUCGCGGGCGCGGGCUACGCAGGGCCGGGAUGGCGUCCCGAUCGUCAACUGGCAGGCACAACAGCUGUUCUCCCGCCGAAGAGGCUCCCGCCACUUCGACCAGCACCCUGAGACCGCCCUCGGCGUGUCGACCUUCUUCCCGAGGCGGCCCCUCUCUCCCGCGCGGCGUUACAACUUGAGGAAACGAUCUCCCAGGAAACAGCCGUCACUAGAGAAACUCUCCAAACUUAACGAGCUGGAUUUGAUGCUGGAGCUGAUCAGGGACAUUGCCAAUGAACUGGACAUGACCAACCUAUGCCACAAGAUUCUGACCCAUGUUGGAAUCCUGACCAACGCCGACAGGUGCAGCCUGUUCCUGGUGAAGGGAAGCAGAGACAACAAGUUCCUGGUGUCCCGGCUGUUUGACGUGACCCCCGACUCGUCCGUGGAGCAGGCCAUGAACGCCACCGGCUCGCACGAGAUCCGCGUCCCCUUCGGCUGUGGGAUCGUCGGUCAUGUGGCCAAGACCAAGGAAACAGUCAACAUCAGGAAUGCUUACGAAGACCCCCGGUUUAACCGCACGGUGGACCAGCGGACAGGGUACCACACCCACUCCAUCCUGGCCAUGCCCAUCUGCAGCGCGGAUGACGAGGUGUUGGGCGUGGCACAGAUCAUCAACAAGGCCACGGGCGGUCACGAGUUCACAGACAAGGACGAGGAGGUGUUUAGGAACUACCUGACAUUCUGCGGUAUCAGCAUCGCCAACGCUCAGAUGUUCGAGAUGUCGAUCACGGAGUACAAGCGGAACCAGAUCCUCCUCCAGUUGGCGCGAAACAUCUUUGAGGAGCAGACGUCUGUGGACAAGGUGGUGCACAAGAUCAUGAAGGACGCGCAGGACCUGCUGAAGUGCGAGCGGUGCUCCGUCUUCCUGACUGAAGAUCUUCAUGAGCAGUUUUCGCUACUGUUCGAAUCACAGAGAAGACGGCGCCAGUCUCUGGACCUCAGUGCGCACCCCAGUACUGAACCCCCUCGACUCUCCGCGGGCAUUCCCAAAACCUCUGCCCAGGGUGUGGACUUUUCCAAAAUCUUUGACCUGGUCUCAGGUAAUGAUGCGGACAAAGGCGUCCAGUCCCCUAGUGCCUCCACGGUGGCGUGGCUGUUAGAGAGCGGACUGGCCAAGCACGUGGCGUCUACUGGUGAGGUUUUGAAUUUACAGAACACUGGGGAGGAUUCACGGUUCCAGUUUACGGAAGAAGCAGAGACGGGGUUCCGGAUCAAAAGCGCCCUCUGUCUGCCGAUCUACAACCGGGAGAGGAAGAUCAUCGGAGUCGCGCAGCUUCUGAACAAGCACAACAACGAGCUGUUCGACGAAAACGACGAGGGUAUGUUCGAGGCGUUUGCAAUCUUCUGUGGCCUGGGCAUUCACCACACCCAGAUGUACGAGAACGUCUGCAGGCUCAUGUCCAAACAGAAGGUGGCGCUGGAAGUGUUGUCCUACCACGCAACCGCGCGGGAAGAGGACGUGGGAAAACUUCUGAGUACUAUUUCACAGACCGCGCAGAUGCCUGCAGCCACGAAGAUUGGACUUUACGACUUCCGCUUCAACGACUUCGUCAUGAGCGAGGACGAGACCAUCCAGGGGGCGGUCCGCCUCUUCCUGGAGUGCGACCUCGUCAAUAAGUUCCGCGUGCCUUAUGACGUGCUGUGCAGGUGGGUUUUGAGUGUGAAGAAGAACUACCGACCGGUGACUUACCACAACUGGCGCCACGCCUUCAACGUCACACAGACCAUGUUCGUCAUUCUGAAGACGGCGCCCUUUUCGUCCAUGUUCUCUGACGUGGAGAUUUUCGCCAUGAUGACCGCCAGCCUGUGCCACGACCUGGACCACAGAGGGACCAACAACGCCUUCCAGUCAAAAAUCGAGUCUCCUCUGGGCCGGCUGUACAGCACUUCUACCAUGGAACACCAUCACUUCGACCACAGCAUCAUGAUCAUGAACAGCGAGGGUAACAACAUUUUCCAGUCUCUGUCGGAUGAAGAUUACAGGCAGGCCAUGUCCAUCCUAGAGGACAGCAUUCUAUCAACUGAUCUGGCACUCUAUUUCAAAAAGCGGGGGUCCUUCAUCAGCAGAGCUCAGGGUGGCGCCACUGAUUGGACUGUGGAAGACAACAAAAGUCUCCUGAGAGCCAUGAUGAUGACUGCGUGUGAUGUGUCUGCCAUCUGUAAGCCAUGGGAGGUGCAGAAAAAGGUUGCAGAGCUGGUGUACAGUGAGUUUUUCCAACAGGGAGACAUCGAGAGGACCAAACUUCAUCAGAAGCCUAUUGACAUCAUGGACAGGGAAAAGAAGGACGAACUGCCAAAGAUGCAAGUGGGAUUCAUUGACAGCAUAUGUAUGCCACUGUAUAAGGUGAUGGCAGAGAAGUGGCCAAGUCUCCACCCCCUGUACGAGGGCUGCAGGACCAACAGGGACCACUGGCAGGCUCUGUCUCAGCAGAAAACAACCAUCGUUCUACCAGAACAGACUGAUACCACAUCCACUGGGAAACGCCUUGCUUCUACAUCCAGCACAGAUGACAACCACUCGGAAACAAGUACAUCAGACACUGGUCACUCAACAAUACAAACUUCUGAAAUCAACUUGAGUGGAAAACUAGCUGUAUCAAGCAGAGAAUGUUCUACUACAGACAUUGUGGACAAGAGUGCAGACUUUACUUCCAAAAAAACACCUUUAGAACACUUAAUUCUAGCUAAUAAACCUAAAGUGGCCCAAGAUACAGACAUCCAAAGAAUUUGUGAGGAAAAAAGAAAGGAGAUAAGCUGGAAAAGAUACACUCCAGCAGAUUCUAAGGGACAGCGAAUAGUCCAGGAAGCCGCUCUGAAGCCUCGACAUGCCCGGGAGGAAAUUGUUUCACAUGGACAGAGGACGUCCUCCCAGCCACAGCAGCUGUGUAAGAAGAUCAGUAGGAUCAGUCUCCACUGUACAGAUCUGGAAGAUGUACCAAGGGAACAUAUUCACAACAGUAGAGUCUGUGCUAUUCUGUGACUGUUGCACAAUCAACCAAUGAAAUUGUCUUGUACUAAACAUGUGCAAGUCCAUAGGAAUAUGAAAAUUAAACUGAUACGACGAAAAAUGCUUGUAAUGAGAAGCUUUCACCAGGCAUCCGCCAUGCUUUCUUCAGCUUUGGGGGGUCAUGUGGCAUGAGGGUUGGAGGUCCCUCUCUCUCAGUCCAGUUGGGAAAGUACUGACGGCCUAUGGUAGCACCUUUGAAUUGCUUGUUACUAGUACCUUAGUAUCUUAGGCAACACCAUCAUCAUUCUCACAGUACAAUGUCUCUCAAUCAUCUACUCUCAACUAACAAAAUUGAUGUACUACAACCUAACACACCUGUACUGCAUGCCUGACAAUACAUGUGUACCUAUUAACAUUUUGGCACAAUUCAUGACACAACUGUGUCAACAGGGUAGGUCUGUAGGUUUUAUAGUUGUUCUCACUACAAUGUUCCAGAAGGUAGAUACAUGUAUAACACUUCAAGUCACUGCCAGUAUGUCAGAUGACCACCCAGGACCUGGAUGGUAACAUUACUGCACAUUCUGGAUGAAUAUUUUUGGGGUACCGGUAGUGGUCUCUUACAGGUAUUUCUGAGUGGUCUUUCAGACAUUCAUCAGUUAUAGCAGCUAAAAAAUGUACAAGACAUGUUUCAGUGUGUUGGCAUUAUGAUGUAUUAUAGAAAACAAGACUAUGAGAAGGCUGUAACCAGAAGUACAUGUGGUGGGGAGGGGUAGUGUACUCCAAAAUGAGGUAUAUAGCGACAGUAUAACUGUACUAGUUCCUAAAGAAUAAGAACUAUAUGUCUGUCUUUGUUUGUUUCUUGUGGGAAAAUUACUACUCACAAAAAUGGAUAUACACAUGUAAUGCAUUCAUGAAAGCAUAACCAAUGCAGUUGGAGCCCCUUGAAGAUGGUAUAUUUGUACUUGGCACAUUGUUGUGGCUAAUUUUUGUGGACAACUGAGAAUAGUGUACAGGUCUGAAGAAAUUCAUCUGCUAUGAAUGUGACCCUAAGAUAACCACACAGUCAUAUAAAUUUAACAUAUUACACAUACCCAGUAAAAUGGUUUAAGUAAAACCAUUGGUAGCCUUUGCCUGUGCUCCCAUUAUGUGACAAUACCGAAAACCAAAAUUCUGAUCAUGCAUGAAUGAUAUAAAUGUUUAACCACAUACUUCACUUCUGUAACAGGAGAGAGGGCAGGGUUUCUGUGGUAUAAUUCAUUUUCAAACAUUCCUCGGAUCUUCUUGACACUUUAGAAAACAGUGUACAGUAGCAUGAUCUAAGACAUGACAAUGGUGCUGUCUCAAGCACGUAAAACUAGUUCUAGCUACCUUUGGUAAAUGGCCUUGGGAUCUUCACUCAGUGUUUUGUCUUCCAGAAAAGCACUGGUGCAUAUUUUCUUCUCAUUGACAUUGAUGUGUUCUUCAACUAUUCCUAAGUUAUUUUCAUAUGACCUCAGAGAACCUCAUCUAGACAGGGAAGGUACAUGUACCUAAAGUUGUGGAAUAUAGGUGACAUAUGUAAGCAUAUGUGACGUAGGUAAGCAUAAUUUUUAUUCUAGCUAAUCGCAAAUUGCCUUCUAGCAAAUGUACAAGACUGUCUGGUAUGGAAAUCACAGCCUGUUAUUUUGAACUGUAUAGAAAGUCUAAGACCAGUAUUAAAGUGCAUCUUUGUCCGAAUGUA